GGGAGGGUAAGAGAAAAAUAAAGCAGAAGAAGUAAUAAUAAUAAUGCAAUUUAUAAUUUGUAAAGAAAUAAAGAGGGGAAAGAAAAUACGAAAAGUAUAUUUAAAUAAUAAGAAAAGAGCUGGGGAGUAUUUUCAAUUAAUAAUGUACAAUGCAAUAAUGUUAUGUGCUAGUAGGUUCUCUCUAGAUGUUACUUUUCCAGAGGUAACAGGAAUGCUGUUCCAGUAAUGGGGUAUAGGGUCUAUAAAAAUUUAUGAAACCUUGUCUCUUUCAGCAGAUUAUGAUGCAGCGUUUUGGGAUCUUCACUAGUUGCAGAUCUUGCAAAAAUCCCUGUAAUUGCUCUUAUAAGUCUUAUUAGAGGAACGUCUUUUUCAAAAGAGUGCAAAGUUUUCUUUCACCAGCUGAUGUCGCUGUUUGAGUCACUCCCUCUCUGCGAUUUUCGACCCCCUUCUCAAUCUAUGUCAGUCUAUGUCAGUCUUAUACAAUUUAUUUCUGUUCCUCAAACCAGGAAAAUGUCGGUCCAAGAAAAUGUCGGAGCGCGUGAGUCAGCAGAAGUACUCUUAGCUGUUGCUAAAUUGAUUUAUACUCUGUAGCAGUCCACAGCCGAAGACAAACAGAAAUCCCCAGAAAGGGAGGAUAGCCACACUUCUUAGGAGAGGGGAGGCGAUGUUUAUCAGUCUUGUGACAGUUUUAUAACUUUGUAAUCAAUCACCCUCUCUUUCACCACCGUUCUCUGGGAGUCUCUUGCUCUUAUAUUCCUUUUGCCAGCGUAAACAGACAGUUGAAAACUAACUUGUGAACAACAGUUAAUUUUAUACUGAAGAGUCUGGAAACCCCUUUAUAUAUUUCACCACUUGGGAAGGGUCUUUUUUUAUUAUUUCUUCUUCAUGACUUCUUGGUUUAUUUCUGUCGCAACACUAAUGAAGCCACAGGUAAUCUUUUUGUUCAUAACUCCAGCAGAAAAAGAUGGCUAAAACGUCUUAGGUAUUAAUGGAAUAGACGUCUUUUUUGAAAAAAAACCAGUCUGAUAUAGCUUGUAGGUAAAUCUUGGUCAGUUGCGAAAAGCCAUUUAGGUUCAAACACUUUGUUUUAAGAUCAAACGCUUUGUUUUAAUCGUAAAUUAGCAGGUUCAGUAAGUAAAUAGGCUAAUCGUUUAGGUUUGCUUCAGUUUGUUAGAAGUGUAGCCAUAGACAUACCCACGGGACUCGGGCUUCUCGUCAGCGGAGGGUUGCAGGAACUAGCACCGAAGAAGUUCUCCCCCUUCUUGCUCAGCUUUUCGGAGCUUGAAAAUGGUCUGGGGGGUCCUCUUCUUCGUGCUGCAGCAACGCCAUAUCACCCUGGAAUCUCCUUCCAAGGCUUCGGGGUCAGCUUAGCCUUAGCUCCCCCUUCUAGCUCUGCUAACGAACGCGUACCUCCCGACCUUGGCAAAGUGGGAGAGACGCAUCUGUCCGUGAGCAAAGACUACGCAGAAGUCCUCAUACUGUACAUUUUAAAGCACCUUGGAUGUGAUGGUUAAAGAUAACUCCAGGAACCGCUUUAUGACAAGUUGCCUAUUCUAAAAGGGUUAGCACAACAAGAGGAACCACCUCUUUCAUCUGUUGGGUUGCAGAUCCUUCCUUGCAUUGUUUAGUCUGUUAUCAGCAGGUUAGGCACUGCUUUCCUUUUGAGUGAAGACAGAGGCAAAGUAGGUGUUGAGCAGUUCUGCCUUCUCCCUGUCAUCCAAAGCAUUUCUCCAUCUUCUCCAUGCAGAGGAUGUUAAGUUGUGGGAGAACAUAUCAGACGACACAGCGAUUCUUCCAAAGCAGCUCUUUAUUUGUAAGCUGGAACAGAACUGAACUGAGGAGCUCAGUCAUAUAGAGCUCCACUAGAAUGAAACAGUAACCAUUUUCUGUAACUAGCUAAUCACUGAACGUCACUUUCGAUCCUUCAUUUGCAUACAAACUAUCCAAUCACUGAACAUCACUUUCGAUCCUUCAUUUGCAUAACUAUCUACAGUAUCCCCCUGCUGGCCCAGGGUGAGAGCUUCAGUACAUAACAGAGGACAUACUACUUGCUUGUUCUUCUUGCUUCAAACAUAGCUGAAGAAACCUCUUUUUAAAAAUUAAUUUUAACCUAUCUUGCAAGCCUGGGAUCAUUAUGAGCUUUGGUCUGCCUGACAUUCACCCUGCAGCUGUUGGCUACUCGUGUAUACUCCUCCUUCAUGAUUUCUGCUUUCUUCCGUUUCUUAAUACCAUUUCUUAUACAAGCCCUUCUUAAAUCUUAGCUUAUCUGCAAGCUCUGUAUGCAGCCACAUUGGUUUCUUUAGAUGCCUCCCACUUUUCUUUCUUAUUGUCUGCAAUAUUUCACCCAUCCAUCUGGGAAUCCCUCCUCUCUGAGUAUUUCUGACCGUGGGAUCUCACUUAAGCUUUUUGAAAUCACCCUUCUUAAAGUCCAGAGUGCAUAUCUGACUGCACUCUUGUCUUUUUGUACCUGGUCUGUUGCCAGUUUGUCAGACACAGGAUCUGAGCAGAGUCAGGGGGCAAGCACUUUAUGUAACCUUUUGGGGGAGGACUUGAGUGCUUAAAAUAUCCAUCCUUGGGUGCCACUGAGCUUUCUUAGUCAGACACAGGAAGAUGAGAACUUCUAAAUUCAGUCUGCCAACUUCCCUCCCCCAUUUAUCCUGUUUCCUUCUAUUACAGUGAGACUCAAUAAAAACCAGUCUGCCAGGUGGGAACUUGGCAAGGCACUGGGCUGUUGCCAAAUGCAGAACAUGAACUGACAGAAGAACAAGCAGCUUAUGUAAGCCUUGCUAGAUAAGUUGAGAGCUACAUUUGGUGCUGCGGUUGGGCUGACAAAUCGAUUACGGUACUCUGUUCAGUGCAGGCUGGGAAGAGAGAUGGCUGUGCUGAAUGCACGCAGAGUCCUGGUGACUGGGUCCAAUCGGGGCAUUGGCUUGGAGCUGGUUAGGCAGCUGGUGCGGAAAAACAACUGUCCAGAACAGAUCUUUGCCACCUGCCGGGAUCCAGAUGGACCACUUGCCCAGGUGAGCCCCAGGCUGUGCAUUGGGAUGAGCAUAGAAACAAGGGGAUUCCCCAUGAUGCCCAGAAGAUAGUGCCAAGGGCAAGGCUUUUUAUAUUUUCCAUUCUUAGAGUGAGGGUGGUACCUUAAGUACAGGUUUACUUAAGCACAGAUUAGUAACCCCUUUUUACACACAUACACCCUUUUCUUUGCAGAAUUAAGAGAGGAGUUGGAGGGAAAAUGGUUGAUUCCUUUCACCCAGUGAUUUGAAGAGCAUGUAACAGAAUUGUCUCAAUGGGUGUUGGAAAUUACAAAAAUAACUCAGAUUAAACAUUCCGAAAUACAUACCAUAUGAUGAAUAUCACUAAAUAGUCAAACACAUUAACUUCAUUGUCUGUGUCAAAUUGCUUAGAACUGCAAUAUUUCAUCUUAUUAAAUUAUGAAUGGGUGGGUGCGAGGUCUAAAGAAGUUUCCCCUCAGCAUUUCCUUGUAUAAAUCAUAGAAUUGUACAGCUGGAAGCAACCAUGAGGGUCCUCUUGUUCAACCCCCUCCAAUGCAGGAAUCUCAACUAAAACAUGCUGACAGAUGGCUAUCCAACCUCUGCUUAAAAACCACAAAUGAAGAAAAAUCCACCACCUUCUGAAGGAGUCCAUUCCACUGUAGAACAGCUCUCACCAUCAGAAAGGUCUUUGUGAUGUUUAGUUGGAAUCUCAUUUCUUGUAACUUGAAUCCAUUGGUUUGGGUCCUACCGUCCGGAGCAAAAGAAAACAAGAUUGCUCCAUCUUCCAUAUAGUUUGUGUGACCUUAAACCCACCCAAGGACCUGCCACUCAGAGUAGAUCUCUUUAUAAAGCACAAGUUUAAGCUGACAUACUUUCUGCAGGGCACUUUUGCAAAUGCUCUCCAUGCUGAAAACCAAAACCAGAUGGGACUUGAUCUUUUCCAUUCCUAUCCCAUUUCAAAUAGUUCAGACUUCAGGACUUGCUGUUCCAUCCUAAGUCUGUACUCCCUGUAUCUUUCAGGACUUGAAGAAUUUGGCUGCCAAGCACCAGGGAGUGGAAAUCAUCCCACUAGGUAUGUGUUUGUCACCCCCUCCUCAAAUUCACUUUUCCCACAGUGAUAUGAACAACAGUUGAUAUUCAAGGUCAUUUCAAAAUAUUACUUUUUAGCAAAUAAAAAGUGCAUUCCCUAUUUUUGUUGUUUUGUUAGAUUUGUUUAAGGUUUUAUUGAAUUAUAAAAGAAAAAGAAUAUAACAAAUAAAUCCAAGUACUCUGUCAUAUUACAGAACCACUUAUCAAGCUUUAACAGCUGAACAAGAUCAACAGAGGAACACAGUUUUUGUAAAUCAUAAUUUUGUGGUCUAAAUUCAUGCAUUGGUACAGGCAAAGAACAUUGCAGGUCAUUUGGAGUAGUGUAAGUGAUAAAUUACGCAUAAGGAAGUUUCACUGAGUUCAAUGGAGCUUACAUCCAAGUAAAGUAACUUAGAUACAAGUUAGAUUGAUUAGUGAUAGAUUUGAAAAUAGUUUCUGAGGUCCUUCUCCAAGGGUCUUCUGCUGGUUCCCUCAUUGUGAGAAGCGAAGUUACAUGGAACCAGGCAGAGGGCCUUCUCAGUAGUGGCGUCCUCCCUGUGGAACACACUCUCUUCAGAUGUCAAGGAGAUAAAGAAUUACAUAACUUUUAGAAGACCUCUGAAGGUAGCCCUGUAUCAGGAAGUUUUUAAUGUUUAAUGUUUUAUUAUGUUUCAAUAUAUGCUGUAAGCCGCCCAGAGUGGCUGAGGAAACCCAAUCAGAUGGGUGGAGAAUAAUAAUAAUAAUAAUAAUAAUAAUAAUAUGCAAAUCACUGACUGAUAUCGUAUCAAAACAUCUACAGGACUCUGGCCAAUGAAGAGACAAUAACUAUAGGAAAAGUUAUAGAUGGACUUUGUUUAAUUCUCAAGAACCAAAUAUGAGAUGUACAUAAGUAUUAUAGAGAAGAUCCUUCCUUCUAAAUAUUAUCAACACAAAAAGGCUUCUGUUGAUCUGUGACAAAAAGAGAAGGAUCUUACCUAAAAAAUGGGAUUUAUUCUUUGCUGCUGUAGAUACUUGUGACCCAUCCAGUAUCAAGGCUGCAGCAACUAAAGUCACCAAGCGGCUGAAAGGAGCUGGGCUGAAUCUUCUGAUUAACAAUGCUGGGAUUUUAAAGCUAAGCUCUCUUGAGACAGAGACACCAGAGAACAUGUCUGAGGUGUACAAAACCAAUGUGAUUGGCCCCAUGAUGAUGAGCCAGGUAAGGCCAUCCUAUUGUACCUUCUUCACAGAACCUUCUAGCCAGGUUGCAGGGCCCCUAAUCUUUCAAAACUGUACUGUUUUCAUAGAGAAAGGAUACAGAACUUUAACAGCUUCAUGAGAAACUUACAUUUAAAGUGCAUCCUUCGGGCUUGUGGAGAUCAUAGGGGAAGGUUGCACUUGUUGAACCAGGUGUUGCAGCUCCCUUCUGGACGAACCAUGAGAGAACUCUGGUAUACCACCAGCAAGUAACUGCUGGGCUCACGGUUUCACUCAUACACUGAACUUUGAACUGGUGACAAGAUGCCCAGUCCUCUACAUGAAGGAUGCAACUGUGUGUAAUUCUUUUCUCUCCUUCUCCAGGCAUUCCUGCCCUUGCUGAGGAAGGCAUCUCAGGAAAGCCCCCAGAAUGGGAUGAGCUGCAGCAAAGCUGCCAUUGUCAACAUGUCCAGUGAAGGUGGCUCCAUCACAACUGUCUACAUGUGGCAUUUGGCACACGCGGUCAAUUACCGUUGCAGCAAGGUGUGGACACAGAAGUACUGCAAGUUAGAAGCUAGAAAUUGAUUUUUCUGUUACCGGUAAUUUCACCUGAUGGUGUUGACAAUAGUCUUAAAAUAAUGCAGUCCAAAAUAUGCCUCCCUGACCCUUGCCUAUCUUGGUAAGUAAAUAUCUGGCCAUAGGAGGGAUUCAGCCCCCACUACGGAGGACCUGGGACCCUAGAAUAGAUGUCUGACAACUACCCCCGCUCACGUGAGCACCUGAGAUGUGAUAAAACAAAAUGAUUUAUUUAAAUUAAUCAACAAUGGCAGGAACAGGAAGAAACAGACAACCCCACAAUGGUACUCUCAACAUGAAAAUCUUCCCACAUCCCCUCAUUGUCUAGAGGUGCCAAUGAAUGUAUUUGGCUUCACUCACAAUUAACCCAAAGAGUCAAACUAUUAGCAGGUGUCCAUUCCUUGCUCCACAGAAAUGUAAAAAAGAAAGUGCAUUAAAAUACAUUAGCCAGAAGAUGGCAGCAAAAAGGCUUCCCUAGGUUCCUGCAGCAUUAUCAAUAAGGACAGCGAACCAAGACCCACGCUAUUAGAAACCAUCCAUGGUUGUAAAUGGCAUUCAAACCCAAACCAAACGCAAAACAAAACAGGAACUCACUUGGAAUUCAGUCAGAAAGAAUGAGCCAACUUAUUACUGAUUUCUGCCAAUAGAAAUUACAGCAUAGAAUCUCUACUGCAAAGCUUAUUUCAUUCAUUCAUUCAUUCAUUCAUUCAUUCAAAGAAAGCAAUAUAGUUUCCAAAAACAAAACAACAAAAUUAGAAAAUAUAAUAUCAAUGUUAAUAUUUAAACAAAAAUUAAAAAUAACCUGCUAAUAGUGAGAGCAUUAAAACUUAUCUCAGUAAUAUAGAAGCCUCCUUUUUAAACUCAUACCAUCCUGUGGCACUGGGUUGCAUUCUAGGAAUGGACGAAUCUUUCAAUGUCGGCUUUUCUCAUUCUUUCAUCUUUUUUCAGUUUUCCCCAUUUUCCCAUCAGUUUGUGAUUAUUAAUAUGCAUUUUUGUGUACGACUUCCCAAGCAAUCCCACCUAAUAUAACACACUUUUAUACGUUAUUUUCACCACCCAAAGCAUUAUUGUAUGCAUUCUCCCUAAUAUAUGCUUUAUGGUACUCAUGCUUUAAUUGGACAACUGCAUCACAAAAUUCAGAGAAUCACAAAUGUCAAAGGAUUGCUGCAUUUCAAUUUAAAUAUUGGUUCAGGAAAUCAGAUAGGUUCACAUUAAAAUGGAGAAUGGGGACAAAAUUCUUACCAAUACUUAGCUGCAUCUUUCAGCCCCUUGCUUCUGAUAUGUCUCUUUCCUAGGCUGCUCUGAACAUGCUUACACGGUGCCAGUCCCUGGGAUUUGACAAAGAUGAAAUCUUGUGCAUUGCGUUGCAUCCUGGAUUUGUGCAGACAGAUAUGGGAAGUUCAGUGGUAAGUGAUUUGUGGAGGAAUCUGAACUCUAUGCAUAUUUACUGUAUUUAACUCAUUUGGCCUUACACUGAAGUAAGAAUCAAGGUGUAUAAUUAGUUUCAAAAUCAGCAAGGAAGACAUGAAUGGCAAUAACCCCCCUCCCUUUGGUGCUUCAAAAGAAUAUUUUUUUUAAAAAAAGUUGAGGAAAGCCAUUGGACCAAUGGUCUACUCCAGGAAGGAAAUAGAGUCACAAACACUGGCUACAAUCCAGUAUGUUAUUAGGUGUGCUUAAAUUCAAACUCCGGGUCUCUGCUGAAUUCUGGCUGGAUACCCAAUCAUUAUUAUUUUUUUUGAAAAUAAUAUUUAUUACUUUUCCAACAAUUUAAACACUACAAAAAGGAAAAAAAAAGAACAAUACAAUACAAUACAAUACAAUACAAUACAAUACAAUACAAAAACACUACAUAACACUAACACAUUAAACUAACAAAACAAAACAAAAACAGUUUAAAACACAUCAAACAAUUUCAAUAUCUUAUCUUUCAUUCACUUAUUUCAGUGACCUCCUCACACCUCCCUUUUUGUAUUCCACUUCUAUUAAUUGUUUCAGCAAUUCCUUUCCAUCUUCCUCUGCUUUCUAUCCUAUAAUUAUCUUAACACAUUCUAACCUUAUUUUUCCCUAGAGUAUUAAUCUAUUUAUACUUAAUUCCUUAUAACAUUUCUACUAAAGCCAUAUAACUUCAUUCCAACAUUUUUCUAACAUUCAUUAAUUUUACAGUAUUUCUGUAAAUAGUCUUUAAACUUUUUCCAGUCUUCUUCCACCGACUCUUCUCCCUGGUCUCAGAUUCUGCCAGUCAUUUCCGCCAAUUCCAUAUAGUCCAUCAACUUCAUCUGCCAUUCUUCCCGGGUGGGUAAAUCUUGUGUCUUCCAAUACUUCGCGAUGAGUAUUCUUGCUGCUGUUGUUGCAUACAUAAAAAAAGUUCUAUCCUUCUUUGGCACCAAUUGGCCAACCAUGCCCAGGAGAAAGGCCUCUGGUUUCUUCAGUAAGGUAUAUUUAAAUACCUUUUUCAUUUCAUUAUAAAUCAUCUCCCAGAAUGUCUUAAUCCUUGGGCAUGUCCACCAAAGGUGAAAGAAUGUACCUUCAGUCUCAUUACAUUUCCAACAUUUAUUGACGGGCAAAUGGUAAAUUUUUGCAAGCUUGACUGGUGUCAUGUACCACCUAUAAAUCAUUUUCAUUAAAUUUUCUCUUAGGGCAUUACAUGCCGUGAAUUUCAUACCUGUGGUCCAUAACUGUUCCCAGUCAGCCAUCAUUAUGUUAUGUCCAACGUCUUGUGCCCAUUUAAUCAUAGCUGAUUUCACCAUUUUAUUCUGAGUGUUCCAUUUCAACAGCAAGUUAUACAUUCUUGACAAAUUCUUGAUUUUUGGAUCUAACAAUCUGUUUCCAAUUUUGAUUUUUCCACCUGGAAACCAACUUUUUUGUCCAGAUUGUAUGCCUCCAUUAUUUGAUAAUAAUGGAGCCAAUUUCGCACUUUGUUUUUCAAUUUUUCAAAGCUCUGCAAUUUUAAUCUGUCUCCAUCUUGUUCCGGAAUUUCCCAAUAUUUCGGCCAUUUGGCCUCCAUAUUGAGUUUUUUCUGUGCCUUCGCUUCCAUUGGUGACAACCAUCUUGGGGUUUUCUUUUCUAACAAAUCCUUAUAUCUUAUCCAAACAUUAAACAAUGCUUUUCUAACAAUAUGAUUUUUAAACGCUUUGUGUGCUUUUACCUUAUUGUACCACAAAUAUGCAUGCCAGCCAAAUGCAUUAUUGAAGCCUUCUAAAUCCAACAUGUCAGUGUUUUCAAGAAGCAGCCAUUCUCUCAGCCAGCAAAAAGCAGCUGAUUUAUAAUAAAGUUUAAGGUCUGGCAGAUACCCAAUCAUUGUAGAAGGAUACUCCAGGUAACUUAAGGAUUGCAGUGCUCUACCAUUAUCUGCAGAUGUUGCUCCCUGGGCAAGGAGUUUAUUCUCUUAGUUGUUGCGGCUGAUAGCUUUUGCUAGCUGGAUAAGCCUUGUCCAUAAAAACUAGUAGCUAUCAAAACAUCCUUUGCCACUGAAUAACUAUGUUACACUACAUUCUGCUUUAUAGAUGCCUCCAGAAAAUCAGCAGGGAAGACAUGAGGGGCAAUAGCCUUCUCUUUCUGUUCCCCUCCCUGCAAGCAACUGGCAUUCAGGUUAAAUUGCCUCUGGACAUUGUCACAUGCCUAAUCAUAGACAUGUUGUUGUUGUUGUUUAGUCGUGCCCAAAUCUUCGUGACCCCAUGGACCAGAGCACGCCAGGCACCCCUGUCCUCCACUGCCUCCUGCAGCUUGGUCAAACUCAUGCUGGUAGCCUCGAGAACACUAUCCAACCAUCUCGUCCUCUGUCGUCCCCUUCUCCUUGUGCCCUCAAUCUUUCCCAGCAUCAGGGUCUUUUCCAGGGAGUCUUCACUUCUCAUGAGGUGGCCAAAGUAUUGGAGCCUCAGCUUCAGGAUCUGUCCUUCCUGUGAGCACUCAGGGCUGAUUUCCUUCAGAAUGGAGAAGUUUGAUCUUCUUGCAGUCCAUGGGACUCUCAAGAGUCUCCUCCAGCACCAGAAUUCAAAAGCAUCAAUUCUUCGGCGAUCAGCCUUCUUUAUGGUCCAGCUCUCACUUCCAAUCAUAGACAUAUCUCCCAUGAAUUUGGCUCCCUGGGAAAAGAAAAUCAGCUGCUAGUGGGACAAAGAAAAUGGAACAAGAAUUCUACCUGUCCCCUAGGAGACUUUGGUGUCAGACUUUGUGAUGAUGAUACCCAUGCUGUUUGUCACUCUUUUUAAAAAAUAUACUCACAAGUCCUUGUAUCACUCUAGUCUGUUCUUUUUCCCCCCCAGGGACAAGCGCCACUGACAUUGGAUGAGAGUGUGCAAGCAAUCCUGAAGACCCUUUCCCGUCUCUCUGAGAAAGACAAUGGCACUUUUGUGAACUGGGAGGGAAACACCCUUCCUUGGUGAGCCCAAGAUAUUUUGCUGCCUGAAAUGGAGCAGCCAGGUACACAGUCCCUGAACUGGGUCAAGUUAUUUUUGGCACCAGAAACAGAUAAUCUGCCCUCUCCCCCUGCCUGGAAGAACAAAAGCAAUAAAAAUAAAUUACAUAACUAACAAUCUGCUGCCCUUUCAUGACACCCCAAAUCAACUGCCUGAGAUGACCACCCCACUCAACCUAACAGCCUGCUUAUUUACAUAGUAGGAAUGAUGCAGAAAUUAAAUUCAUUUCACAUUUAGAGCCAAAUCUAUCUAAAACCUUAUGAAACAAUGUGAGAAUGGAAACACAGCCAUCCUUCAACAUUUGCACUUAUAUGUAUUUUGUGAUGCUGUUCUUCAAACCAGUUUACAAAAAUGCAUAUGCAUCUACAUACAUAUGCACAUAACAGUGCAUAUAUUAGUGAAGGUAACAUACAAAAAUGUAUAUAUUAGUCAAAACUGUUUUUCUCAGCUUAACCCACCCCACAGGGUUGUUGUGUGAAUAACCUAGGGAAAAGGAGACCCACAAAUGCCACCUUGAGCCCCUUGGUGAGAGGUUGGGAUGUGUGUAAAUGUAACUCUGAAAAAUAAGGAAUAAUAAUAAUUUUAAUAAUGAUAAUGAUGAUGAUAAUAAUAAUAAUAAUAAUAAUACAAGCCCAACUUAAAAAUCAAAGAAAAAUGAAAUUGAGACACAGUCAGGAUAUUCAGGUGUAUAAACAUUGGGCUUUACUUGUAGAUCCUCAGCAAAUCCCACAUGUAGCUGUCUGCUGAGACAGGCUUGCCUGGGUGGGGUCAGGGGCAGAUUUAGGGCAGUGUGAGUGGUGGGCAUGCACUGGGCACUGAGCUGAAGGGGUGUCCUCUCAAAGCCCAGUAAUUGUGGGUGCAGGACUUUGGGAAGGAAGGAGGCAUGAGGGCUCUUGCAGGGUUCUAGAGUCCUCCCGCAUUCUUCUCAAAGCCUAGUUCAUACUUUCUCAGCUUUGGGAACAAGGUGGGAGGGCUCUAGAAUUCUAAUGUGGGGAAGGGAGGCUGUGUUACAAGAUUGUAUUGGGUCCCAUAUAAAAUAACACAAACCCAAACAACUUUGGUCAAAAUAGUCGAAACUAUUAGAGCUUAGCCACACUUACUUUUCCCCCGCUUUUUCCAGCACAGUCUGCAGUAUAAAGCUGUGUGUCCAAUUGACCUUUUUUCUUCUUCUCCAGAGCUUUCCUCACAAAAGCCCACUCUUUAAAGCUCAGUUGGAGAAAACAGGAAUCUGUGGAAAACCCGAAUUGAUGUUUGCUUUAACUGAGCACUAAAGAGCAGGUUUUUGCAGGGAAAGGUCAGGGCAAAAAAGAACAACCCCAAACAAAUGUGCAGACAUGGAGCAUUGAACCACAGACUUCUGCCUGGAAAGAGCGGGGUAAAAGGUAGGUGUAAAUAAGCCCUUAAUGAACUACAGUACUGUGUUUGCCAUUAUUACCUAGCUUUGGGUUGUCUUGCUCUUGGGCGGUGUGUGUGUGUGUGAGUGACUCAGGGCCAUUUCACACAUUGCAUUGAUCAGGUCAGGGCUCCUUGACACGCAUACUUAUUUUAAAACAUUUUAUUUUAAAACAUUUUAAAGCAGAGGUGAGGAACCUAUCUAGCUCCAUGAGUCAGAUCCCUAUCAGGAUUGGUGUGACAGGCUGAAUUUCACAGGUGGCUGGCCACCCAUCAAUCACCUUUUGAUCAGAAAGGGGUUUUCAUCGAAUCCUGCUUAAUGCAGCAGCAUUUAACACCCCCCAAUCAUCAGCUCACGAGUGGGGGGAAUUAAAUCCUACUGCAUUGGUUGCACACACCAGUAUCCUGCCAAUGCAGCCAAUGCCAAGUCUCUGAGGGACUUGGUUAACAUUUGACAAACGUGCUCUGGCCCAGGGAUGAGAAACCUUUGGCUCUAGUGCCUACAUCUGAUAUGCAAAUGACAGUGGGGAUGGAGGGAAGCAAAAACUGCCCUUCACCCACUGACCUCUUCCAGCUCCUUUCAUUCUUUUCUUUUUAUAAUGCAUUUUCAUACUGCCUUUCUUCAAAACCACAAUUUAAAAAUAUUAACACAAAUGAACAGUACAAAAUAUUAUCAGGUCUACUUCAGGAGCUGCCAGUACCAGCUUUGUGGCCUGGACUUCUCCACCUCUGUCUUCCCUUGAGACACACAGGUCUUAAGGAGCCCCAGGGAUGAUGGUCUUAAGUAGCCAUGCCUGGUCUUAGACAUUUUACUGCUGGCGCUGAAAAAGUAAAUGGCUCCCCUCCCUUCCAUUCCAAAUACAGAAGAUGACUGUGCUGGCAACUGAAUCUUACUUCAGCACUGGGGAUGGGACAGCAUCUUCCACUGCAUCUGAAGGCAGCCAAGCACAGUGAGGUUAUGCUGGAAGUUGGAAGCCAGUUUGGCAUCCCUACAAGCAGGUCUGUGCAGAGCUUGUCUGAAGCCCUAGUCUGAUGCUACACACUAGUAUGUAGUAACACAGGUCCAGAUUUUACUAUCAAAGAUUUGCAGUGCGUAUGGACAGGCAUUUUGCCCAUGGUCGUUUCACUCAUUAAGUCCCUGGUCGUUUGAGGGGCACAUUCUUGACAUGACAGUGUAAGUCCAGCAGGCCCUAGCGGGGGGCUCCAUCCAAAUUAGCCCUCCAAGGCUUGGGCCAAGCAUACCUAGCUGCCUCCCACCUCUCUUCAUGGGCCUGCCUCCAAAGUCAGCCUGUCCAGACUGCAUCACUUCAACUGUGCAUGAGAACUCCCCAAACAUUUCCAGACUUUCCAAGUGUCCAUAUUUUCCAAAGAUGUCCCCAAUUUAGAGAAGCCAUCCUGGUUUCUGAUUUGAUCACGGAAUGCCCCUUUUCCUUAGGAUGUCCCUAUUUUCAUUGGAGAAAGGUUGGAGGGUAUAGUUAUCCAACCCUCGAGCCGUCUGAAGGCAAUUCUAUACAGUAUAGGGAAGUUUUUUAAAUGUUUUAUAUAUGUUGGAAGCUGCCCAGAGUGGCUGGGGCAACCCAGUAAGAUGUGUGGGGUAAAAAUAGUAAAAUUAUCAUUAUGAAAUGGGGUGUCCCUAUUUUCAUCAGAGAAAUGUUGGAGGGUAUGCAUUCCCCUACACAGAAAACCUAGGCUGUCAGGGAGGAAGCCUAGCUGUAACCCUUCCCUCAGACUCUGGAAAAAUAUUGUGCGUAUAGGUCUGCCCGGCUGGCUAUUGUGCUUUGCGAAGGACCCCUGUUGAUGUCGGAAUGGAACUGUCCAAGUUUUAGGCCUUGUGUUGUUACUAAGUUGUGGGCCUGGUUAACACUAUCUGCUUGGUGACAAGCUGUGAAAGGAAAGAGUGUUGAUAGCUUUAAUAUUUAUAGAAGGGGGUAUGGAUCAAGUAACACCAUUUUGAUUGGUCUGGGAAGCAAGAGGCUCUGAUUGGCUGGAGAUGCUAGUCAGUGAAGAAACGGCAGUUAACUGUUGGGAAAGUCAGUUGAUGAGGGAGAUUUGAGCAAACACCAGAAGCAACUGAGGGGAGAGCAGGUAGCUGAGCUCUGGAGAUGAAGCUAUUCUUACCCAGCUUGGUAGCUAUUCUUUGCUGGUGACAUUCAGAAGAAGAGAGCUGGUGGCUGUAGUAGGUCAAGUGGCUGCCCUAUGUAAAGGUCUUAGCUGAAGAAGGCUGUGCAAUCAGGCUUUUUAAAUCAGCAGCCAGAACUACAGCCAGAGGAACUUUGGGACCACAGGCAGGUUGUCCCCAGCACAGUGCCAGAUUUAUGUAUAAGCUAAACAAGCUAUAGCUUAGGGCCCCAUUCUCUUGGCCCCCCCAAAAAAAUUGAAAGGAAAAAAACCUGUAUGUACAUUUCCAAAAUAUAAGAUAAAAUAAAAUAAAACCUACAUACAGCAACAGUGUUUUGUGUUGUGUAGGUCCAUAAAUUACCAUAUAGCAUAUAUUCAACGCAAAAAACAGCGGCAAUUUGUUGUUGACAAAGGACAGCUGGACACAUAAAGGGCCCCAUUACCUUCUGCAGCUUUUAGGGCCUCAUCAAACUUAAAUCCGGCCCUGUCCCAGCAACUGGACUGGGUUGUGACGUGUGGAUUUGGCUGGAGUGGAGACUUUGGGAAAUUGGACUGAGAUAAAAGCCACUUAGAGGCUAGUGUCAGUAACGGUAUCUUAACUGCUUAGAAAUUGCAAUUGUGUUCAUUUAAAAUGCCUUUAUAAAUAUCAGUGUCCUGUCAUGUAUCCCUUUAGUAAACAUAAUUUAGUUCAUCCGAUGUUGGUGUCCAUUUCAUACCUACGGUAAUUGUAUUUUAUCAUGGUUGGAGGCAGCUUCAAAGGCAUUCUAAGGAAAUGGUAGCAGUAGAAAAGGGUCACAUUGAGGAACUCUUAAGUUUUGGUGGCAGGGAGUUUGAUAGACCCUACAAUAUAAAAAAUUAAGAUGCACAAAUUCCUAAACUGAGACUGAGGGGCUACUUUUCUUUUCGGUUGUGGCAGCAGAUGAAUCAGUUCUUCCCAUGCAGACAAAUUGCAUUUUCUACACAGGAAGAUAAUCAGGUCAAGUGAAGCCUUGAUUGUAUUAUUUUACCUUUUUGCAAACCGCUUUGAGGUUUUUUAAAUAGUCAAGCAGUGAAUAAAUGUUAGAAAUAAAUAAAUAAAAUGAAGAGCAAACAACAUGAGAGGGUUGGCCACCUUUUCAUUUGACCCCUGCAGGUGUGACCAGCACUGAUACCAACUGCAGAAAGAGUACUGCACUUUGCUGUAGGUAGCAGUGUGAGGGGAACCAGGAACCAAGAGCUCCCAAGUAGCCAGGUCCAGUAGCCAUGACCCAGUAGCCGGGGCCAAAGAGGAAGUCAGAAGAACACAGGGCAAACCAGAAGCUAGGAUCAAGAAGCAAGCAAACAAACAAAGUAAGUAAAUGUAACUAAUUGCAUUUUAUUUACUUGCAGGUAUAUAAACUGCUUCACAAUCAAAACUUCUCAAAGCAGUGUAGAAUAAAAUCAAAUAUGAAAUAUGAAAGAUUACAAACUCAGUAACUGAACACAUUCAAACUAUUUCUAUGAUUAUACAGUUGUUAUUCCAUGAAAUGACUAGGUCUUUAAAAGCCUUAUUUAAAAACAAAAAAAUCAAUAGCUGCCUAAAUAUCAACAUGUGUGGCAUUUGUCUAAUUUCAGUUGGUAACUCAGAUUAGUUACGUUUCACUAUUCUAAUUAGUAUUGUGUGUAAUUUUGUUCAUAGAUCAGCAUUAAACUUAUAUUUUUAAUUCUGUGUAGAUCUCCCCAGAAAAAGGAACCAGUGUUCCAACACACAUUGACCUGUAAGAAAUCUGCUUGGCUAGCACUUUUGAGAACAAGUUUUUCCCUUUUGCAUUUUUUUCAGGAUUGAGAAGACCCUUACAUUGUGUAUCACUCUGAGACUAUGUUUGUGAGAAGGCACAAUAGUGACAUAAGACAAAAACAACUAACAGACAGGCUAGGUCAUAUAAAGCAACCAGAAGGAAUCUCUGCCACACAGAGCAGCUAGAAGGAAGUUUUAAUAUUUUCAGCAGAACUUGUUGCAUUUAUUGAAAUUGAAGUUCAUCUAAUCAGGUAUUUGGAUUGCCCGUGGUGCUGGUUUCCCAUUGCAGUGAGGACAGUAACAUUGUGCUUUCACCAGGGAAGGGUUUCCCCAUCGAUGUUUACAAAAGUGCCAUUGUUUUUCUCUGAGAGACACGCAAGGGUGUUUAGGAUCUCUUUCACACCCUCAUCCACUUUCACUGGGGCUAGUAUACCCUGGAAAAGGAGAACAGGAGUUAAGCGAUAUAUUUCUUGCACUGUGCAAAUAUGUAAUGAUGACAAAUGGGUGAAAGCAACACACUAUUAUUUAUUUUUAUUAUUUGUUCAUUUCUAUACCACCCUUCAUCCGAGGAUCACAGGGCAGUUUGCACUUACACCAAGUUCACGUAUCAAGGGCAACCAGAGAAGCAUUCUCUUGACAAAUGCUCCAACGUUCAAACUCUGGGCAUUUUGGAAGCAACGGAUAUCUGCCACUGGGCUGGUGUUUGCCAGGCACAGAGUUUAGAACAUGUGUGAUCCUAGGGUAUAGGGCGGGAACUGAACAGUACAAGUAAGUACAAACUUUUGGGCUGCUUGUUCUUCCUCUGCCGCUGCCGCCACCACAGGUUUGUGGUGUGGUGAACCAGCUUAUACUCAAGUCAAUAAGUUUUCCCAGUUUUUUGUGCUGAAAUUAGGUGCCUCGGCUUAUAUUUGGAUUGGCUUAUACUCGAGUGUAUAUGGUAUUAUCCAUUCUGAGCCUCAGUUGGAAGCAGGCCCAGUGUUUCAGUGCAUUUGAUGACCUCUGGGAAGUGGAGGGCACCAUGAACCACUUACUUCAAAAUUUCCCAUGUCUGUCUGUAACCACCCAGGAUGCAGCGCAACACACAGGAUCUCGUCUUCAGCAAAUCCCAGGGACUGGCACCGUGUGAGCAUGUUCAGAGCAGCCUAGGAGAGAAAUAUGCCAGGAGCAGGAAGGUGGUGAAUGAUGUUAUAGGAAUUCUAAGGUAUUAUAUAUAUAAAAUAAAUGUUCAUAAAUGUACAAGGCAAACACAUACAUAAGUAUAUAAACCACGUGUCUGAAAUAGUACAGGAGAACAAUCCUGAAGCUAUUUUGAUUCUCCCAAAUUGACCUCAAAUAUUCCUCUGCGAGGAGGAAGGAAAUGGGGAAAGCUUUCCAAUUGUCUUUGGACUGUAGGUGCUUACAGUCUGGCAAGUAUCUGUUAAAUUGAUAUCAGUAUGUGUAAGAGAUUCAGGAACUAAGUAUUUACCAUCUCAAAGGAAUGGCCAGGCUACCCAGAAAAAGGAAAAGGAGCCCAUGAUCGACUGGAACUUCCUGGGGAUCAACCAGUCAAUCCUGAUUGACCUGUUGGACAUCUCUGAUUUAAAUGGAUGGGCCUAGGCCAAUUUCCUGUACAUGGGGGGGGGGGCAGAAAAUUUAGUCUGCUCAUAGCUGAAAUGACUAGGAAUAUAUUUGAAAUUUAUGAAUUCUGACUGUCUGGCCAUUUCAAUCAUACAUGUGAGAGCAGGUGAUUGUUCUGCUAAUGACCGGGGCCGGGGCACACAAAAUAAUGAUAACUCACAUUUUUUGAAUAUCUCCUGUAGAUAAAGGAGGCAUGUAGCUCCCAAUUUUCUUUGCCUGGGGCACAGAUAUAUCUGUUUAAUCCAGGAAACAAGAUCCAUGAGCACUGAGGCUUUAGUAGAAAUUUAAUUUGGCCAACUUUGUAUUACAGUACAGUGGUACCUCAGGUUAAGUACUUAAUUCGUUCCGGAGGUCCGUACUUAACCUGAAACUGUUCUUAACCUGAAGACCACUUUAGCUAAUGGGGCCUCCUGCUACUGCCGUGCCGCCAGAGCACGAUUUCUGUUCUUAUCCUGAAGCAAAGUUCUUAACCCGAGCUACUAUUUCUGGGUUAGCAGAGUCUGUAACCUGAAGUGUAUGUAACCUGAAGCGUAUGUAACCCAAGGUACCACUGUACUGGCUUUUGGUGAAAACCUUUGAGUUUCUGCCCUUGGGAAAUCUGAUUUUUUUUUUUAAUUGACCCCUUACCUUCCUUGAGUCCCUGGUAAGAAAAGCCAAUCAUGGCUUUAUUCAAAUGGUAAUUAAGCCAAGAGAUGCAACACUUUAAUAGGCAUAAUAGAUUUGCUGAAUCAUGAACUUUGUAUAUGUACAGAGGCUAUACUAGUUGUUUGACAAAGUUAUGCCCUGCACUGGAAACCUUAUUCAAAUUUAUUUAUGUAAAAUUGGGAACCAUUGAGGGAAAUGCAGUGAGAAGUACUCCUUUUGUGUGUUGUGUAAAAUUGUAGGUUGCCCUAAAUAGUAUUUUUCUUAUAACAAUGAUAUAUACAUGUUUGUAUGCAGUUUUGCCUAAUAUACACCUUUUUGCACAGCAAUAUCCCCUAAUAUAAUGUACGUUUAUGUAAUUCAUGAAUAUAUGCAUUUUUGUGCAUAUUACUUGGCUGGAGACCUGCAUUGCAAAAUGUGGAGAAGUAUGAAUUUUGGAGGGUGGCUGUGUUUUGGUUCAUGCAUUGUUUUGGGAAGUGGGAAGGGCUUUAAAAGCAAAUUGAACUGAUGUUCUGCCCCACUGGCAGGAGUUAGUUAACAGGAGGCAUCUGUAAGAGUAAGGCAGGGCCACGGAACCUGUGAUUUUCAAGAUAUUUCCGGACAGCAACUCCCAAUAGCCCCAGCCAGCAUGGCCAACGGUCAGGGAAAGGAAUUAUAGGAGCUACAAUCCAACAACAUGUGAAGAACUAAAGGUUCUCCAACCUUCGGCUAUGUUACUUUACUUUUUAAAGUAGGAGUGGAUCUGGUUAGUGUCAGGAGCUCGUCCUACACUCAAGUAGGACCCUGGUAGAGUCACAUGCCCGACUGGCAUGUUCUCUCCCUCCUGGUCGAUCAUUUGGGAGCUUCAAAAGCUUUCUUCAGCCCGAACAUCACAGCGACCGAUGCCAACAGACAUCGGCACGCUUAGGCAUCCGCAGAGUCUUCGCAGCUUGCGUAACAGACCUCAGCAACUCAGCAUGUUGGCUAAUCUACUUUAUUUACAUAUAAACACACACGGAGCACUGCAACAUGGCUCCCUCUCUAGUAUCAGGCAGCGAAGAGAAAAAGGACAAAGGACAAUAGUCCCACUUCAUGGAACACAGUAACACAAACAUCCUGUCUCCGUCACUUCCUACACUGUGGAGUCAAAACAUACACGAUCAUGUGAUAAACAACAAUCCCAUGACUGCAAUCAUGGAGCAGGAAUUCUAACAGUUAGUGCCUGCAUGGGUGACUGCCUGGGAACAACAUGGACACUGCCUCAGCAGCAUAGAACAAAUGUAAGAGAGAGAGAGAAAAUACUGGUAAUUAUUUCUUAAAUGUUAGAAAUAUAAGUUAACAGAGGCUUCCUGUUAUUUCAGAUUCUACAAUGCUGUCAAGGUAUGUUUUGAUAGUUUGAUAUACAAAAACAAAUGAAAAGAACGAGGAGCACGGAGUAUCUGCCCUCCAACAAGCUGAUAUCUUUGAGAACAAAUGGAGGGCUGUGUGCAAAGCUGGGGAAGAGUGCAUGAUAAUGUGACACUUUCUUCCUACAUGUUAGCACAGGUGCCCUUCAUUGUUUGCAUCCAGAAGCAUACCUAGGAUCCCUUGUGCCCUUCAUGAGGAGCUGUAUCGGACGUGUUGAUUCUGCACUUCAGAACUGAAACAAUACAGGCAGCCAUGCCGUGGGGGGGGGGCAUUGAAACAAUUAAGUCCAGGUUCUAAAAUCACUUACCUGCAGUACUGGGAGAUUCAACAGAAAGGUUCACUUCUUUUUUUAAAAAAGGAGCAUCAAGUGGAUGCUCCAGUCCACAAAAGCUUUUGCCCCUGCACCCAGAAGUGCUGGGGGCGUGCUUCUCUCCUCGACUAUUGCUGCUUCUCCCGAGUCAGGCAGCCUCCCGUAGAAAUCAGGCAGCUGACAGGGGCAACCCCAGCAAAAGCCCGCCGCCACCGCCCAGUGCCACGGCAGCACUGAGUGGCUGAGAUGUGCCGCUACUGGAGCCCUGGAGGUGGGUGGGGAGUGUAAGAGGUGGAAGAAGAGGAGAGAGGUGCAUCUGCUAAAUCCUGCCUGGAGUUUGAGUCUUUUCUGGUCUGAGUGUGCCCCUGGCAGGGGUCAGCUUUGCCCAACUGCUCAGUGCGCCCCUCUUUGCAUCACCAUAAAAUACCUCUGUACCUUGCUGCAGCGGUAGUUGAUGGAAUGUCCCACUUCCCAUCCAAGUAGAUUUGUAAUGGAACCAGCUUCACUGGAUACAUUGAUAAUGGCAGCUUUGCUGCAGCUCAUUCCUUUCUGGGGGCUUUCCCGAGAUGCCUUUCUCAGCAAGGGCAGGAAUGCCUGGAGAAGGAGUGGAAUGAAGGGACAACCUUAUACUAUGUGGGGAGAUCUGGUCCUCCUUUAUUAUAAUUAUUAUUUAAUAAAUUUAUAUACCACCCUUCAUCCAAAGAUCACAGGGCAGUUUACAAUGUAAAACACAAAAUUCAUAAUAUUAAAAUCCUAAUAAAACUAAUAAAAAAUAAUAAUAAAACACAAACUUAAAAGGCCAUAGAUUGUUUAACAGCCAAAGGCCUGGUUGAAGGGGAAUGUUUUCUCCUGGCUCCUAAAGGUAUGUGAUGAGGGCGCUGGGCAAGCCACCCUGAAGAGAUCAUUCCACAAACUAGGAGCCAUGCCCCUGGGAUGCGCGCCACGCCUCUGGGACACACACCAGCCAUGCCCCCGCCUGCUCUCCACACACACACACCCGCCAGAGCUUGAAGCUCCACCACUGGUUAUAUGCUGAGACUGUCUUGCCCCAGUGAACAAGCCAACUGCUGAAUUCUUCACCAGCUGAAGUUUCCAAGCUGUCUUCAGAGGCAGCCCCACAUAUAACACAUGAGCCUCAAGUGACAGCAAUGGAUCAAGGAGUACCCCCAAGCUACAUACCUGCUCCUUCCAGAGGAAGUGUAACCCCAUCAAGAGCUGCCCCCCUCCCAUUCCUCUGGUCUAGGGAAUUACCCACUAACAGUGCCUUAGUUGUAUCUGAAUUGAGCUUCCGUUUAUUGGCUCUCAUCCAGUCCAUCACUGAAGCAAAACAACAGUCCAGCCCAUCCACUGCCACAUCAGUGUCAGUUGAACAUCUGUCUUUCGUUCAGCUGCUAAAGGUCCUGUACAUUCGAGAAAUCAAGCCUAUUUAUUUCAUGAAAUUUCUAUACUGCUCAAGUGUAAAAACUAAACAAAAAACACUUUGCAAACAAUGAACUCCUCACCAGAAAACACUUGUAUAAAUCAUUCUGUUCUCCAUAACUUAAGAGCUCUACAACAUGCUGAGCAAUGUCUGUGAAGAAGCAUGUAUCCAGGGAUAGCCUUACCUGAGUGACUACCAUGUGCCCAAUCACAUUGGUCCUAUACACCUCAGACAUACUCUCUGGUGUCUCAUCUUCCAUAGAAGCUGGCCUUACAAUCCCAGCAUUGUUUAUCAGAAGAUUCAACCCGGCUCCUUUCAGACACUCAGUGACUCUGGCUGCAGCAGCCUUGAUGCUAUUAGGCUUACAAGUGUCUAUAGCAACAAAGAAAUUAUUGUAAAGGUGAUUCUGCUGAACCGAGUUAACCAGUAACUAGUAAGGUCUAACAAGGUUGAACAUCUAUCUUAAGGGCAGAAAUGACUCAGUAAUAUACAAUGGAACCUCGGCUCCCAAAUGCAUUGGGAGCUGAACAUUCUGACUCCCGAACGUGAUUGGCUUCCAAAGAACGUUCGAUAACUAGAACAAUCAAACAAUGUCUGGUGCAGAUUCCAAUUGGCUGUUGGAAGCUCCUGCAGCCAAUCGGAAGCAGUGCCUUGGUUCCCGAACCAUUUUGGGAGUCAAAUGGACUCCUGAAAUGGAUUAAGUUUGAAAUCUGAGGUUCUACUGUACAUGAUUAAUUAAUAGCUGUUACAUUUUAUUUUAUUUUAUUUUAUUUUAUUAUUUUAUUUUAUUUUAUUUUAUUUUAUUUUAUUUUAUUUUAUUUGCUAAGUAUGUUAGUUGCAUUUGAUAUGUCAGGCCUGGAUAUGUUUGCUAAAUAAAGCAAACUUCCAAUUACACUUCUGUAUUUGUCAAUAUCCUCAAAUUAUUUUUUAUCAUCUUGCUUUUGAUAUUUGAGAUUCAUUGGAGUAGCAACUAGAUUACAAUUAUCUAUGCCAUUUGACUCUAGCAGAGCCUGAAUUUUACUGCUUUGACUAAUCAGAAAGAGCCUAAUUCAUCUCUGUCUAGUUGCAUACCUAGGUAAUUGUUCACUGUAUCUAAAUUUUUAAUUUCAAAUUGUGUUUUCAAACCUUUUUCAAACUUGUUUUUCUGCUUAUCUGAAUCAUAAAUCAAUAAAAGAUCAUCAACAUAAACCACCAAAUAAGUAAUUCCAUCAUUGUCUCUACAAGUGUACGGACAUUGAUCAGCUUUGCUUUGCUCAAAUCCAAGAUUUUUCAACACACUGUCUAAUUUCUUGUUCCAACAUCUAGCUGCCUGUUUCAACCAUAAAUGGACCUUUUCAGUUUGCAUACCAGAUCUGGAUCUUUCACAAAACCCUGUGGUUGAAUCAUGUAUAUUUCUUCUUCAAGUUCACCAUAUAAAAAUGCAGUUUUGAUAUCAAAAUGUGAAACCUUCAUUUUCUUUUUUGCUGCUAUUUUUUGUUGGUUUCUGCUUCCCUCACUGAGCAGCAGCUGCAUGUCACAAGACAAUGUUUUCAUUCCACAGUUCAGUUACUGGAUGUGACGUACACUGGUUUCCUGUUUCUUUGUUCUGUCGUUUCUUUGUUGCGAGUUGCUCUCUGCUCUCACAGAGCCAAGAUGUACAUUUGUGUGUUCUCGGUAUAGCGAAAUAAAAUAGCAAUGUAGCCAUACCGGCCUCAUCCUUUCGUUGCGGACUACGAGAUUACACUCUGCUGGGCUCAGGACGACAUGAGCCAUAUCAUCUCCAGAUGGGCCGGAGCUGAAUAAACUAACAUUUUUAACAAUAGCCUAACAUUAGAAUAUGUUAAAGGUAAAGGUACCCCUGCCCGUACGGGCCAGUCUUGACAGACUCUAGGGUUGUGCGCUCAUCUCACUCUAGAGGCCGGGAGCCAGCGCUGUCUGCAGACACUUCCGGGUCACGUGGCCAGCGUGACGACGCUGCUCCGACGAACCGGCACCAGAGCAGCACACGGAAACGCUGUUUACCUUCCCGCUAUAAAGCGAAACCUAUUUAUCUACUUGCACUUAAGGGUGCUUUCGAACUGCUAGGUGGGCAGGAGCUGGGACCAAACGACGGGAGCUCACCCCGCCGUGGGAAUUCAAACCACUGACCAUGCGAUCGGCAAGUCCUAGGCGCUGAGGUUUUACCCACAGUGCCACCCGCGUCCCGUCUUAGAAUAUGUUACAGGAGCAAAAAUUAAUUCAUAGUCUUCAUUGUGCUUUUGUGCAAAACCCCUUGCAACCAAUCUAGCUCUAAAUAUCUGUACUUGAGCUUCUUCCUUUUUAAAAAAUUUUAAACACCCAUUUGGAACUGAUGGGUUUUCUCCCUUCAGGUAAAGGUACAAGUUCCCAAGUUUCAUUUUUAUGCAUUGCCUCCAUUUCUUCUGACAUACCGUAUCUCUUUGUUGUUUGUGCAGGAGCAUGAUUGGUGGUUGAUUGUGUAGCAGCUUGUUUUAAAAUUCCAUACAUUUUAAUUAGGAGGAACUGCAUUUAAGAAGAGGAGAAAGGUUGGUCUACUUCACUGUCUCUCGAGGCAGAUGGAUCCCAACAAAAAUUAUGAUGCCCCCAAAACAGAGCAGGAACCUGGGUAAGACAUGGGAACGGCAAACUACAAAUGAGGAACCAAUACAAAUGAAACAGAGAUCCUGUAAAAUGGCCUUAAAUGACAGCACCUUUCUCCAUUAAGGAGAGAGAAUCAAGGGGAUGAGAGGCACAUACCCAGUGGGUUGAUAACCACUCCCUCAUGCUUGGCAGCCAAAUUCUUCAAGGCCUGAAAGAUAACAAAACACAGCAACGUGGACUGAAUUGUUUGAAACAAUGUAAGAAGUAUUACAGAAAUUACAGGGGCAGGGAGGGGCACAUCUUUAAAACUGUUAAAUGUUAUAAAUAUUAUGCCUGAAUCUAUCCUUUCGACGACAGCUCAGGGAAGAUACCUACCGUAUUUUUCACACCAUAGGACGCACUUUUUCUCUCCUAAAAAGCAAGGGAAAAUGUGUGUGCGUCCUAUGGAGCGAAUGCAGGGGGGAGGCAGUCGGGAAAAGCCCCCAAGAGCCGCACACAAGCUCCGUGCGCUCUUGCGGGCUUUUCCCCAGGAGGGAGAAGGGACUGACUGGCCGCAUCAGUUGCUUCUCCCACCUCCCAGAAAAGCCAGGAGAAGCCGCGAUCUCUUUAAAGGGGUUGUGCGGCUUCUGCGGGCUUUUGCGAGAGGUGAGGGAAUCCCCCCACCUCCCAGGAAAGCCAGAAGAAGCCGUGCAGCCCUUUUAAAGUGUGCGCGGCUUCUGCCGGUUUUGCGAAAGGUGAGGGAAUCCCCCCACCUCCCAGAAAAGCCAGGAAAGCCCUGCGCAGUGUCUCCCGGCAAGGAGAGGCUGCACGGGGCUAUGGAUUCUUUAGCCCCACACAGCCUCUUCCGGGAGGGAGAGGAUGCACGGGGCUAAAGGGGAAGCCAAAACAGCGAGCGGGAUCCAUCCUGCCCCCUGCCUUGGCUUGCUCCAUAGCUGCGCGCAACCCCUCCGGCAAGGAGAGGCUGCACGGGGCUAAAGGGGAAGCCAAAACAGCGAGCGGGAUCCAUCCCGCCCCCUGCCUUGGCUUGCUCCAUAGCUGCGCGCAACCCCUCCAGCAAGGAGAGGCUGCACGGGGCUGUCUGCUUCUUCUCCCAGUACAUAAAUGUUCUUCAAAACUCCCACACUAUUGACUCUGCACUGGGAGAGUCCUCUCAGGCUACUGUCUCUGUCCUGGUACCCAUUUUUCAAUAGCAGAAUUUAGUACUUUCCUCUAUGGAAUGGGGAGGUUUCCCACUCCGUACCUUUCUGAUAUCAUAGAAUGGUAGAAUUGGAAGGGACCCCAAGGAUGAUCUAGUCCAACCCCCUGCAACGCAGGAAUGUGCAACAGUCCCAUAUGAGGAUUGAACCUGCAACUCUGGCAUUAUCAGCACCAUUCUGUAACCAACUGAGCUACAGAAGCUGCCAUGCCACCCUGUGCUUUUCCCAGGCUCUUGCUGGCAAGGGUUGCUGCUCUUCUCUCUCCUUUGCCUGCAGUAAGAAAUCUAGUCUCUUCCCCCUUCCUAUGCUCCAUAGCUGGAUAAAAAUGCAAACCCUGGAAUAAAGGAAAGACAGGCAUAGUGUUGUAAACAAAAAUCUGCCCUUUUUUCCCUUAUGGGGUAUCCAAGAGCCCAUAUAGAGUACUUACGUAGGUUCCCUAUUGGUAGGAGAAAAUAACAGAGGUCAACCAGACAAUAUUGAGAAGCAAAGCAGCUAGUAAGCCUGAUCUUUAUUGAUCUGUUGCAACAGGGUCCUCACUCACCACAUGCAGGAGGGAUGAGGAACCCAGAACAAUGGCGCUCAAGGCCUUAUAUUGUUAUUUAGUCGUUUAGUCGUGUCCAACUCUUCGUGACCCCAUGGACCAGAGCAUGCCAAGCACUCCUGUCUUCCACUGCCUCCCGCAGUUUGGUCAAACUCAUGCUGGCCUUAUAUAGACAUUUUAAAUUCCCUGCCCUGGAGCUCAAGACCAUCCCUCCAUACAUCAUACAUACAUCACAGAAGGGGUGUAACCUAAGACCACCCCCCAGAUACAUCAUACCUACAUCCCAGAAAAGGCGGUCUACAGCAGAAAUCUGAGUGACUUGUUUAUCUAGUCUGACAGGUUACCUGUUUAAUGCUCACUUGAUUGGAUUGCCUGGGGAGCCUGGCCAGUCUUUUGUAAUAAUAAAUACUUAGUUCCUGAGCCAGGUCAUAGGCCCACACCAUAUUCAUAUCUUAAAUGUGCCCUUAAGACAGGAUUUGUGAAGGAAAAAGACAAUGGGGAGGUUUCCCACUUUGACCUUGCAGAGAAAUAAUUGAGGUCAAUUUGUUCAGGACUUUUUUUCUGUGGGGUUUUCAGACAUGUGGUUUAUAUAUUUAUGUACAGUGGUACCUCAGGUUACAUACGCUUCAGGUUACAUACGCUUCAGGUUACAGACUCCGCUAACCCAGAAAUAUUACCUCAGAUUAAGAACUUUGCUUCAGGAUGAGAACAGAAAUCGUGCUCCGGCAGCACGGUGGCAGCGGGAGGCCCCAUUAGCUAAAGUGGUGCUUCAGGUUAAGAACAGUUUCAGGUUAAGAAUGGACCUCUGGAACGAAUUAAGUACUUAACCCAAGGUAUCACUGUACGUGUUUGCUUGGUACAUUUAUGAACAUUUAUUACAUAUCUAAGACCUUAAAAUUCUUAUCACAAUAGAAAAAAACUACCUGACCUGGUCUCUGAUACACACAUCAUCCAAGUUUUUUCUCUAUGGGGAUGUAUAUCUUGAUUUGUUGUUGCUCUGCAGAAGUGCCUGAACAACAGGAAGCUUAAGAAAUCUUAUCAGACAGCUCCACAUAAACCCUAGGCACAAUUUCCCUGGCAUCAGAGGGAAUUCACUAGUUUAGGCACCCAUUCUACAGGAUUGCUGGCCCUUCCCUGGAGCUCACCUGAGCACCUGGUCCCUCUGGGUCCCGACAAGUGGCAAAGAUCCAUUCUGGUCUGUUGCUUUUCUCCACCAGCUGCUUGACCAGUUCUAAGCCAAUGCCCCGGUUGGACCCAGUCACCAGGAUGGAACGUGCAUUCAGCAUAGACAUCUUCUAAAGGAUGAAACGUUUUGCUUGCCUAAGUCCCCAGCUCCUCUGCUGCAGUUCACACAAAUGAUUGUCCUCCUAAACCAGGUCUCCUAAACCAGGUCUGCUUUGCCAGCUGCUGGCAUCACAACAAAAAGAAAGAGGAACCGGUUUAGCGUACAAUACCUCUACAAACAAGUCAAAGCAUGAUUAGUCAGCAGAAUUGCUUGCACGAAGGGGAUUUGAUUUGGGAGAAAAAGAAAAUGGGGGGUGGGGAAUGUAUGUGUAAGAGAGCAAGAGACAGGCAGAGACUGCCUGAAAACUUUGGAAUUGUACAGUGUGCAGGUUAUUUGCCUGCCGUUUGGAGUUUAACCCUCCAUUCCACCCCCCAGCAGAUCUUGCAUCAAUUCCUUGAUUUCUGAGCCUAAUGGAAAAACAAUAUUCCUGCUGUAGAGGUCUUCAAGGGCUCUUGCAUAGCUUGGGGGGGGAAUAAGUAGCUCACUGCAAAUUUCAAGAGGGGAGAUUUGGUAGGGUUUGCCAGAGCUGUGUGCCAAGGAAGGCUUGGCAACAAUGUGUGAGAUCAGUGUCUGCUCACCCCCCCCCUUUCCUUUCCCUCAACUGGAAAAAUAGAAGGGGGCUAAAGGAAAACAACAACCCAACUGCUUCUGUUUUGGAUUUGCAGCUAUAAUUAGGAGCAAGUAUGAUGGCCCUUCCACACCAUCAUGAUUUUAUGAGGGAGGAUUCAAGUGGGUAAAUAAAGAUAAAUAAAUAAAUAAAGUGGGUCAAUAAAGAUCAGGUGUAAUCUAAUCUCUGUGUAAACUUUAUGCAACCAAAUCAGCAUGAAUGCUACUAAGUAGGUCAUUUGGAAGAGCCCUUAGUUAACUGAGGCAGAUCUUGUUCUGGCUUGUUAGAGAUUAAGCAUUUCUGGUUAACUGGCCAAGUAGGGCCAGGGAGGUAGAUAAAAAUUCCAUAAUGCUCUCAAAGGGAGUUUCUUAGUGACGGAUCUUCUUAACUAGGUCUACUUUGCCUUGGCUACUCCCAUGGCUUGGCAUACUUUCUUUUGGUGAGAGAAUGGAUGGUCAAGUGCAAGUGAGAUGUUGGCACAGAAAUUCAAUAACUGGAGAUCCUUCUGAACCCCCUUCUUCUCUAGCUGGAAGUGAUUUCAUCAAAGUAUCUGCAUGUGAAAAAGAACAAAACUGUCAGCCUUGAAAUGAGGGUGUUAAAAAGGAGCACAGAGAUCUAACUUGCUUUUUGUGCGGAGCAAAAUCCUAAUAGGGGAGGCUGAUCUGUUCAAGUGUUAAUUCUGUGAGUCUUCCAUCUCUUGCUCAGCCCAUACUUUUGUGUGAAUAAGCUUUAUGUGACAGAAAUGCCAGCGGUCUCACAGGCCUACAAACACACAGACGCCAGCCCUGCUGUGUAUGGGCAAGGGGUCCUCUCGGAUUGCUCCAUCCACCCACCAGAAAUAUUUCUGGACUGAUAUAUAGCCACAACUGGAAGAGGAGUUGGCUCCAUGCUGUUACACAGUGUAAUGGGAUUGUGAUCAUGAAGACACUAUACAGGGUACAGAUUUUUUUUGGGGGGGGGGGGGGAAUUCAAAUAUAAAGGAGGGAAGAAAUGCUACCAGAUUCCAGCGACCUUCAAUCCUAGGAAACCAAACCCAUGGGAUGUGCUGGGACCUACAUAACCUUUUACAAUUAAGAAACUGGUCUGUUAUGUAACACUUGUAUUAGAAUUUAACCGUGGGAUUGUGCUUCCUUGAACUGUACAACAAGGUAUGCCUGAGCUAGAAUGCAGGGGGAAAUGGCAGUCUCUGUUCUGAUUCAUUUAUGGAGUGGUUACAUGACAAUGAGGAUUGUUGUAAACAAAAAUCUGCCUCCCCCCCGCCCCUUAUGUUGUAUCCAAGAGCGCGUAUAGAGUCCUUACAUAGGUUCCCUAUUGGUAGGAGAAAAUAACAGAGGCCAACCAGAGAAUAAUGAGAAGCAAAGCAGCUAGCAAGCCUGAUCUUUAUAGAUCUGUUGCAACAGGGUCCUCACUCACCACAUGCAGGAGGGAGGAGGAACCCAGAACCAAGGUGUGCCUGCCCUUUCAUCUCAGAGAGAACAUACUGUACAGUGGUCCCUCAGGUUAAGUACUUAAUUCAUUCUGGAGGUCCAUACUUAACCUGAAACUGUUCUUAACCUGAAGCAUCACUUUAGCUAAUGGGGCCUCCUGCUGCCGCUGUGCCGCCAGAGCACGAUUUCUGUUCUCAUCCUGAAGCAAAGUUCUUAACCCGAGGUACUAUUUCUGGGUUAGCGGAGUCUGUAACCUGAAGCGUAUGUAACCUGAAGCGCAUGUAACCCGAGGUACCACUGUAUAGACAUUUUAAAUUCCCUGCCCUGGAGCUCCUGACCACCCCUCCAUACAUCAUACAUACAUCAUAGGAGGGGUGUAAACCCAAGACCACCACCCCACACACCUACAUCACAGAAAGGUGGUCUAAAACAGAAAUUUGAAUGUUGUUUUUCCUUUCUGCCAGGUUAUCUGUUUGCCUUUCCUGAUUGCCUUUCCUGAUAGUCUGUCACCCAUUAAAAUGCUGAUUACUCAAUUCCUGAGACAAUGGGAAGGCUCCCUGAAGGCUCCCUGACCCCCUCCCUCCUUGCAGAGAAAACACCUGGUCAGUUUGGGAAUCAAAAAUGGUUUCAGGUUGGUCUUCCUGUGCUGAUCUAUGUACGUGCUUCGUUGGUACACUUAUGAACAUUUAACAUAUAUCUAAGACCUCAAAAUUCCUAUCACAGGAUUCAAACAUUCAUCCUAAUUCGCUUGCAAGGAAUUUGCUCAUUCACUUUGCAACACAUUUCCCUGUCACUUUCUUAAAAAGCCCUCAAAAGUGGGCUUGUUGUCCUAUGGCAGUUCAUCCGCUUUAAUUGCACAAAAAGUAUGUGCUUGAAUUCCUUCCACAAAAAAAUUGACAGUUUGGAGGUUCCCAUAGUUAAAACAUCCACACACUGAAUCUAGCAAUGGGUUCCGUCUACAGUGUCAAACAAGUAGGAAAGCUGUCGUCUCACCAGCAGGAGUGCCAUGCAGCGUGUAUGGCCCUGGCACUGAAAUUUGUGGGUGCCUGGUGCCUUCAUGGGGAAUGUUGUGGGUGCUCGCGUACCCAGGGCCCCAGGGAGUUGGCACCUAUGCUCACCAGAGAAGAGUUCUCUCCCUUCAGUUCACAAAAAGGGUCACCACCUGUCAGGGGUUCAGGAGCAGAGGCAAGGGCAAGGGAGGAAACAGAGAGCGAGGGGGAGGAGGCAGAAGAAAAGAUGAGUGAUGACGACGACCCGAGAUCUCCGAGUCUUUCCAGUGAAUCAGAAGAUUCACAGAAAGGAGCACCAGUGGCCAGGGCAAGGGGGAGCCUAGGGGACACCCCAGGAAGAUAGAGCCAGAGGGGACUCAGAGGGGAGCAGUUGGAAAUCGGGACCAGCGUCACCGCCAGAGAGCAGGGAAGAGGAAGGGCGCCAGGGAUCAAGCGCUGGCAACUCACAACAGGGGGGAGGGCACGAGUCAGGAGUGGCCACACCUCCAUCGGGGAGCGAAGAAACGGUCAGACGGAAGGUGGAAGGUUGGGCGCGCGCGCCAAGUUCAAAUGCACAGGAAGGUGGCGCAGUAGGCAGCCCGGAAAGGGAGCCAGGUCCUAAAGCCCGCCGAAAGGAGGGAGAAGAGUCAGGGGGGUCAGCGUCAGCGUCAGAGGAAUCCCGGAAGGAAGAGACCCCGGGAGCAGAGGGACCCAGAGAAGAACAGUCAGGCGGAAAAGGUGGAGCAGGGCUAGGAUAUUAAGUUGGUGUACAAGGGGCGGAGACUCAGACGGAGCUUCGCCGAUCUAACCAUGAGACGUAGAGUUGCACGCAGCAGCUUGAGAAUGGAAACUGUAACUCAAUAAAGACUUUUGUUUAAUGAUCGCUGGCUAGCGUGAUCCUCUGUGAGCUAGGAUCUGGAAGCAGCUCUGACAGUAAGCUCCGUCACCUAAAUUGUGGGCAUCUACGGCCUCGCGGAGAGGAAAGAAAGCGGGUGCCUACUAGCGAGCUCACGAACGGCAGACAAUAUGACGGCCGAACAGCAGAUAGCGGAACUCAGAGAAGCAGUGUCACGACUGAAUGCCGAGGCUCUUGCAUCCAGGAAGAGAGAGGAGGACGCAGCUGCCGCCUACAGGGAUCUCCAGGUCAGGUUGGAAGUGCUUACGAAGCAAGGGCAACUGACACCCAAACCGGAGGGGAUUGGGUUGGGGAGACGAACAGGCGGUCUGGUCUCUCACUUCGAUGGGAAUUUGCAACAGUACCUCAACUUUAGAGCAGAUGUAAUGUGUGCACUGCAACUGCUGAACAAAGACUUUAGAGAUGAGCAAGAGAAGGUGGGAUUCAUCAUGUCCCAUUUGCAUGGAGAUGCUAAAGCAUGGCUGCGCAAUUUGUGGAGAGAUAAGGAUCCGGCGCUCCAAAAUGCGGAUGCCUUUAUUAAAGCGAUGGAUGGGUGCUUUUAUCAAGCAUUGACGUGGAUCUUGCUCGGCAGCAGAUACAUGGACUGAAGCAAGGGAGGGCCAGCGUAAGGCAGUACCAUGCCCGCUUUUCGCUUUGGUCAGUGCUCUGGAAUGGGACAGAGAUUCGGCUCCUGUAAGAGACCUGUUUUGGGAGGGAUUGCACGGCUCGGUUAAAGAUGAAAUUGCGAGGGGGGAGAGACCCCGGACCACGCAGGAGAUCGUUCAGAGGGCGCUGGCGGUGGGGGUGCGGCUGGAAGAACGUCCGUGGAGCAGGGACGAGGGGCGUGGAGGGCGCGAACCAGCCAGGGGCUCCUCCUUCCUUCCCAGAGAAGCAGCGCGUGCGCAAUCCACGCCUCCGCCAGGAGGAGGAGCGGAACCUAUGGAGGUUGGAGGUGCAAGGGCUCAGUCAGCAGCCAGAGCCCUAGCACCGGCAGCAGUGAAAGCGAAGCCUCCUAGAGGGAACAGGAAGUGUUACAUCUGCGAUGAUCCACAGCAUAUGGCGAAAGAGUGUCCCCAGAGGCUCCACAAGCACACUGCAGCCUCAGCAAUGGUAACUGCAGCAACGCAGCAAGGAGAACCACGGCAGGGAAACGACGGAGUCUGGCUGGAGAAAGAGGCACUGGGGCCCAGCCAGACGUGUCAGUGAAGCAGUCCCCAGCGAUUUUACAGCCCAUGGACCCCCUCCCGCCCAAACCAGUAGUGAGGCUCACCGCGUCGCUCCAGCUGCCCAAUGGCAUCACCAUGGACGUGCCAAUCACCAUUGACUCCGGAAGCAAUGCGGACUUUAUAGGGCAGGACUUUGUCGACCGGCACGCUAUACAGUUGCUGCCUGCCACGCUGCCCCUGCAGGUUGUCACGGUGGAUGGCAGGGAGCUGCUAGGGGGGCAAGUGGUGAAGCAGACGCCACCAAUGGUGAUGAGACUUGGGAAUCACAGGGAAAUCAUCAGCUUCAAUGUCACUCAACUAUCGGACACGCCCAUUGUAUUGGGCAUGAGUUGGCUGGACAAGCACAGCCCGACGCUGGCUUGGUACCAGAGGCAGCUGACCUUCGGCUCUUCCUUUUGCGCUGAACACUGCAUCGUGCCCCGGCAGGAAGGAGAGGAAGAGGAGUCACAGCUGCAGCUCGGCACGCUGCAAGCGGUUCCCCACAAGUACGCAGCAUUUUUGGAGGUUUUCUGUGAGAAGGAGGCAGACAGGCUACCCCCCCACAGACCAUAUGACUGCAAAAUUGACCUGCUGCCGGGGCGGCGCUGCCCAAAGGGAAGUUGUAUUCCAUGUCUGAGGACGAACUGCAGGAACUCAAAGAGUUCAUAGAUCAUAAUUUGGAGCGCGGUUUCAUCCGAGAGUCCACGGCAGCGGGGGGCAGUCCGGUAUUCUUUGUUAAGAAGCGGGACACGCACCAAAAAAGACUUGUAGUGGACUAUCGCAUUUUGAACAGCGUGACCAAGCCAUCGGACUUCCCCAUGCCCCGAAUCGACGACCUCCUCGCGAAGGUACGGAAGGGCAGCGUGUUCACCAAGUUGGACCUGCGAGGGGCGUACAACCUCAUUCGCAUGCGGGAAGGAGAUGAGUGGAAGACAGCCAUGUUCACGCCCCUGGGCACCUACGAAUAUAGAGUUAUGCCUUUUGGAUUGCAAAAUGGUUCCCACGUUUUUUCAAGCUUUCAUGCAUCACGUGUUGGCGGGGCUCCUCUACAAGACGUGCGUCUGUUUCUUGGAUGACAUCCUGAUCUUUUCGGAAUCGCAGCAGGAGCAUGACAGGCACGUCAAAGAAGUGCUGAGCAGGCUACAGCAACAUAGGCUUUACGCCAAGCUGGAGAAGUGCCAAUUCGACGUGACGGAGGUGGAUUUCCUGGGCUACAAGUUGUCUGAUAAAGGGCUCGCCAUGGACAGCACCAAGGUCCGAGCAGUGUUGGAUUGGAAAAGCCCACGCAACCGGAAGGAGGUCCAACGGUUUGUCGGCUUUGCGAACUUCUAUCGCAAGUUUAUCAAAGGCUUUGCCAUGCAGACAGCGGCCAUCACGGACACGCUCAGCUCCAAGAAAAAGAAGUUCAUCUGGACAGAGCAGGCGGAGCAGUCCUUUCAGGCACUCAAGCCGUCUCUUCGCGUCGGAAGAGCAACUGCUUCAUGUCAACCCCAGCAGGCCGAUGUGGGUGGAGACAGACGCUCGGACAGAGCCGUGGGAGCAGUCCUGCUGCAGAAGGACCCGCAGGGGGUUUGGAGGCCGGGAGCGUUUUACUCAAGGAAGCUCAGCAAGUCCGAACAGAACUACACCAUCUGGGACAGGGAGUUGCUGGCCAUUCAUGCAGCGUUCAAAGCGUGGAGGCACUUCCUGAUCGGCGCCAAGCACACGGUGCAGGUCUGCACGGGCCACAAGAAUCUAGAACACUGGCGCACGGCACAGUUCCUGAACCAGAGGCAGAUACGUUGGGCUGAGUUCUUUGCGAAUUUCGACUUCCGAAUAGAGUAUGUCCCGGGGGACACCAACAUCAUGGCGGAUGCUCUCUCCCGUAAGCCACAGUAUUUGGAGGAGGCAACGCCAGCGGCCGCCAUGCACAUCUUCGCACCGACAGUGUGGGCGUGCACGGCGGCAACAGUUGACCUGGAGGCGGUGCGACGAGCGUUGCAGGAUGACUCCUUCGCGCAAGCAAAGAUGGCAGAGGCGCACAGGGGCACGGCAGCGACCGACGAGUUCCAGCUGCGAGAUGGUUUGCUCAUCCGUAAAGGGGCCAUCUACGUGCCGGGAGACGAACUUCGCGCCAAGGUACUGCAGCAGCUGCACGACGCGCCCACUGCCGGGCACUUUGGCAAGGAGAAAACGGUGGAAUUAGUAGCCAGAGACUUCUGGUGGCCAGGAAUGAGAGGGGAAGUCGCGGACUACGUGGCGAGGUGUGACACCUGCCAGAGGGCCAAACCAGUGCACAGACCGCCGGCCGGACUGCUGGAACCGCUGCAAACUCCGUUCGAACCAUGGGAGAGAGUGGCCCUGGACUUUGUCACGGAUCUGCCCAGCUCGAGGGGCAAGACGGCUGUGCUGGUGGUGGUGGACUUGUUCUCCAAGAUGGCACAUUUCAUUCCGUGUGCGAAGGUGGCCACGGCGGAACAAACCGCCAAACUGUUCAUAGACCACGUGUUCAAGGUUCACAGUCUGCCGCGGUCUAUUCUGUCCGACCGAGGGCGACAGUUCAUCUCGAACUUCUGGCAGAGGCUGAUGGGCUUCCUGAACGUCAAGAUCAACCUGGCGUCGGCUAGACACCCGCAGACCAAUGGGCAAGCGGAGCGGGUCAAUGCCAUCAUGCAGCAGUACCUGAGAUGUUAUGCGAAUCAACAGCCUGCGACGUGGGUGGAUUACCUGCCUCUCGCCGAGUUCGCCUACAACAACACGAAGCACGUGUCCACGGGGGUCACGCCGUUCUUCGCCAACAACGGGAGGCACCCCAGAACCUUCCCGGGACUGGAAAGAAUGGGGGAGGGGGAGCCGCAGACAGCAGAUGCAUUCGCGUCAGAGUUGCAGGAGGUCCACGAUCAGCUGCGGCGGCACCUGGAGCUGGCUAAACACGCAUACAAGGUACAAGCGGACAAACACAGAAGGGUUGGCGAAGAGAUCCAUGUGGGAGACUGGGUCUGGUUAGCAGCCCACGCAGUGCCGGCCAGGUCGUUGGCGAAGAAGAAACUAGGGCAUAAACAACUGGGGCCCUACCAAGUCGAAGAACAGGUCAACCCGGUGGCUUUCAGGCUGGCUCUUCCGGAGGGUUCCAGAAUGCAUCCGGUGUUCCACAGAUCGGUGCUCACUCCCUACAAGGCACCUCACAGGUUUCAGGAACCAGGAACGGCACCGGGUCCGCUCCGAGAGAGAACCGGGCAGGGGGGAGUGGCACGGGAGGAGCGCAUCAACGAAGUCACGGAGCUUUUGGACUCCAGAUGGGGGGAAGAGGGGGUAGAAUACCUUCUCGCCAAGGAGGGCACCCCGGCCAGUGCCAACAGCUGGGUGCCGGGCUACGCUUUAGACGAACCUCUGCUCAAAGAAGAGUUUCAUGCCCUCUUCCCACAUAGGCCAAUGCCAGCAGACUUUUUCGACGACCGGCUUUUCACGCCCACGCUUUCAGCCAGCACGUCCGGGGGUUCGACUCGGACGAGGAACCGACACGAGACGCCCGUUCCCGGAGGGGUCACCCUCAGGAUCUGCUUCAGAACCCUCGUAUUGGUGGGAUGAUCGACCAGAGGAGCAGUUCCGUAGAAGGUGGCUGGAGGGUCCAGGACGAGCAACGUCUCCAGAAGGCAACGAGGGAGAGACGGACAUAGACUUUUUCGGGGACGACCCGGGUUUCGAGCACGGCGGCACAGAGAUGGAAGCGGAGGUGACCGUCGUCAACGAGAGCAGGGAGGAAGAACCGGAAGACUUCAGAUGACGGCCCGCCACGGGAAGCGAACUGUAUCCGACAUUCGUCCCCCUGACACGGCAGCACCCAGAUCCCGCACCGGAAGGAGGGGAGGGGGAAGAGGGGGCUUCGAGGGGGAUGGAUGUCAGGGGUUCAGGAGCAUAGGCAAGUGCAAGGGAGGAAACAGAGAGCGAGGGGGAGGCAGAAGAAAAGAUGAGUGAUGACGACGACCCGAGAUCUCCGAGUCUUUCCAGUGAAUCAGAAGAUUCACAGAAAGGAGCACCAGUGGCCAGGGCAAGGGGGGAGCCUAGGGGGACACCCCAGGAAGAUAGAGCCAGAGGGGACUCAGAGGGGAGCAGUUGGAAAUCGGGACCAGCGUCACCGCCAGAGAGCAGGGAAGAGGAAGGGCGCCAGGGAUCAAGCGCUGGCAACUCACAACAGGGGGGAGGGCACGAGUCAGGAGUGGCCACACCUCCAUCGGGGAGCGAAGAAACGGUCAGACGGAAGGUGGAAGGUUGGGCGCGCGCGCCAAGUUCAAAUGCACAGGAAGGUGGCGCAGUAGGCAGCCCGGAAAGGGAGCCAGGUCCUAAAGCCCGCCGAAAGGAGGGAGAAGAGUCAGGGGGGUCAGCGUCAGCGUCAGAGGAAUCCCGGAAGGAAGAGACCCCGGGGAGCAGAGGGACCCAGAGAAGAACAGUCAGGCGGAAAAGGUGGAGCAGGGCUAGGAUAUUAAGUUGGUGUACAAGGGGCGGAGACUCAGACGGAGCUUCGCCGAUCUAACCAUGAGACGUAGAGUUGCACGCAGCAGCUUGAGAAUGGAAACUGUAACUCAAUAAAGACUUUUGUUUAAUGAUCGCUGGCUAGCGUGAUCCUCUGUGAGCUAGGAUCUGGAAGCAGCUCUGACACCACCAAAGAGAUGAGAAAGACUGCUCAGAUGAGGAGUCGCCUCACCAGGAGAGAAUGUUCCCUUCUUGUUCCUGAAAGGCUCCUGUCAGUGGUAAUGAUCAAUUAUCCAGCACCUUGAGGAUGCUCUGCAUACCGUAUUGCAGAAAGAUAUCUGUGAGAUAAUGGAAGGCAGGAAAAUGGUCCUGAGAGAGAACUCACUGACACAGUCUUCAAAGUGAGCGCAGAGAGGUUUCACUGCCUGAGGGAUGUUAGCAAUAUUUGCCCCUCAUUUACACAAUUGUAUAUGAAAUUGUAGUCCACAAUGCUGUCCUCCUCAUGUCCUCCUCAGGUACUGAAUAUUCUUCUAGAAUUUAUUCAGUCAAACGUGGUGCAAAACAAAAAGUUCAGGUUUAAAACAAAAGCAAAAGCCAGACAUCUCCAGGAAUAGAGGAACACAGGGAUAUGCCUUUUACUCAGACUAUUGGUCCAUCUAGCUUUGCGCUGUCUGCACUGACUGGCAAUUGCUCUCCAUUGUUUUAGGCAGGGAGCAUUCCCAGCCCUACCUGGAGAUGCUGAGCAUUGAAUCUGGGACCUUCUGCAUGCAAAGCAUAUCAUCUAAUACUGUGCUAUAGGCAUUUCUGAAAUUGGGAGGUAUAAGUUUUCUACUGUGUUAAAAGGUUUGGGCCCAGUGCAGUGGAACCAGUCAUGCUGCCCUAAGGUGUUAGGAGAGGUAGCAAGAGAGUGCACAUGUGAGAGUGUCUAUGCGUGUGUCAAUUGAAGAGAGGCAGAUUUAUAUUUUUUGUUUACUUUGAUAUUUAUAUUUUGUUUAUUCAAUUUUUAUAUCCUGUUUAGUCAUACUUCAUAUGUUUGUAAAUUUGUUUUAGAUAGAUAACUCCAACAUCUCAUGCCACCAGUGGGUUGGAAUAUGCUGCAGCUACACUAUUCUGCCACCAGAUGGCAGCAGAGUGGGUAGAAACAGGCUACAGUUAGAGGAGUUUACCACACUAUGCCUGCAGUGGGCAGAAAGAGGCUGCAGUUAUACUUUUUGUCACCAGCUGACAGAAAAGUACUAUUUAAGGACCUUACUGACUUAAGUUUUAAUACACAACAAAGAAAGAGGGGAACUGCAAUUCCCAGAGACCCCAGCCAACAGGGAUAAAGGCAAGAAUACUGGGAGCUAUAGUAAGGUUACCAGACCUCCCCAUUUCCUGGGGACAGUCCCCGGAUUUACAAAUCAGUCCCCUGACAAAUUCUAUGAUUCCUAUUGAAGUUGAAAGUGUCCCCGGAAUCAUUGAAAAAAAUCUGGGAACCUUAAGCUAUAGUCUAUAUUAUAUUAGCGACUCUUUAACUCUAUUAGUUUAAUAGAGUUAAUUUUAUUCUGUUUUAUUCUGAGGGAAGUGUGCCUGUGUUGGAGGGGUGAGGCAGGGGGAAUCCCCCAAACAGACAAGCAGACAUCCUAACCCUUUCUGAAUUUAAGAGGCAAUGAACAAUUUAAGUUCAGCAUGUACAUAUAGCACAGCCCUGCAAGGUAGCAUCACUAUCUAUUCUGUAAUAGUCUGCUGAGAGGGGCCAGUGCUAGGAAAGGGAAAAUAGUCACAGCAGCAGGAGUGUAGGCAUGUCCCAAUGGCUGCCAUGUCCAUAGCAAUCUCGCCCAGAAAAACCAAUCCAGACUUAGCUCCCAGAAUGCACUGCUACACUGAGCACCACACACAUGACCUAUUAGUAACCAAAACACAUGCUGCAUAGCUCCCCACACCCCAUAAGCAACUAUACUUAGCAGCAGCUUGUGGCAUCUCAACCACAGGUGGAUCAUCACUGCCCCAACACACAAAAAUGCCUGCAGCCCCAUCACACACCAAUGAUACCAUGGAACCAGAGAGCACAGGGCAAAAAACUGUUCCUUAUUGACAUGAAAGAAACAAUUAAGCAACAUACCGAAGGAGAAAAGGAGUUCAUAGUAGCAAAGAUUUCUGCAAUCCUCGCUCCCCACCAACCCCCAGUGGGCACCCCAUAGAUCAGUGGUCCAGACACGACAAGGAGCAGUCAAACACCAAGGGCUUGGCAGGCAGGUAGAGUUGCAUGAGCAAAGACAGCUGGGGGCAGGAAUGCAUGCCAGAUCAGACCUGCUGUUGGUGCAAAGACCAAGUGCACCAGUGGCACCUUGCAAGAAGAGUGCAUAACCAGGGAGAUCCACACAGGCAGACGUGCCAGCGAGGCCACUGUGAUCACCAGCCACUUGCGACAGCUUAUAGAGAAGCAGGAAGAGUUCACCAAAUUCCUCUGUGAUGGAGACCCCACAUUUCUUACCACAUGCAGGAUCUGAUUGCUCCAGCCCAAGGAGGCAGCAAAGAGUCUCUCAGUGCCUGUGGACGUGGUGCCACAGCAUUGAGUGUGCAAACCUGCACCACCAGAUCUCUAAUACCCUCCUGGAGUGUGGUGAAGCAACUGCCACCUCUGGCCACAUGCACCAACCAGCCGCCUACACUCCACAGUUGCCACAAAGCAACAAGACCUCAGCGGCAGCUCUGGGUGCAGAACAUACACAUGUGGACAGCUGGACAGUGACCUCCACCACCAAGACACCCACAUUCUUCACUACAAGUGCAUGAUACACUAGCACCAGACUUUCCACCCUACGGCUCCCACCACCUCCAAUCUCCUUCUCCUCCUUGCCAACACUACCUGCCAAGGACUCCGUCUGUGUCUCUAACAGGGUAGCAGCAUCACUCGCCCUGUCAUCCUCAGCAACUAGGCAGGGCUGACCUCCAAAAUUGCUAGGAGUGGAAACUCCCUUCCCCCAAGACUUUCACACACACUGGAGGUGGCAGCUCCUCCAGAUUCUCUUCCAUUAUCCCAAGGCCCAACUUUGAAGGUGGCCUUGGGGGCAGCAGGGGCACCAGUUGGGGGUGUGCUUCAGGUUGGAGUUGUGGCACUUCAGUAUCCUAUGGAGGGGUACUUGUGGCAUGGUGGAGAUGGCACUGAGAGAGGCAGCUGUUGGGAGGGUAAGCACCAAAUCUAUGGUGGCUGCUGAUCUGCAGAGGAGCAGCAUGCCUAUAUGCACAGAGAAGAGGAGCAGGACUGUCGACACCAUGGACAGCUCACAAGCUCAUUGUCCUGGAACAGUGUCCCACAUACCCUUGGAGGGCCUGCCCAAAGUGCUGGAUGGAGCUGUCACAAACAAGGGGAGCACACCCACCUUCAGGGAUCAAAGAUUAAUGGGAGAGAAGAAGCAGCCAGCCACCACAGCAAUGGCACAGCUGUUCCCCACAGGACUGGGCUCCUUUGGGAGGAUGUGCAAGAUACAAAUUAAAUAAAGGAAUAAAUAUAAAUAAAUCUCUGCAACCUCAACCCCUUGACUGCACAAAGACAGCAUUCCUCCAAGUUUCCCUGAUUUCCUGUCCCAGAUGCUAUCCAAGUCGUGGCCGCAGUGAGUCUCCUUCCCCCUGCUCCUGCCAAAGCCCAGCAGCUCAGGUGGACAGGCAGGAAGGCAAAGCCUCAGCUAACCCAGCUGCUCCAUCCUCUUCUAAUGAAUAUAUUGUUCUGCAGCAUGAACUUGCUUCCACAUGCAAGACCUUCUCAUGAGUUUUAAUCUAGGAAAGGUGAAACUGAAAUGUUUUUUAUUAUUCUUUAAAGCAGAAGUAGCUGGCUUAUGACCCUCCAGAUGUUGUUGAGAUUCCCAAAUCCCUUCCGCUUCAGGCAGCCAGCAUGGCCAUUCCAACAAUCAGGAACUCUGGGAGUUGUAGACCAACAACACCUGAAGAUCCACAGCACAGCUAGCCAUGCUUUAAGGUGUCCCCCAACAUUGUCAUUUGAAGCAGCUUUUCUUUAUAGAUCACUCAGAGAUGUAGAAAAAGCACAACCCUGAGAGUAGCCUGUGAUAUUCCUGGCUGCAUUUUGCAAUGCCUUGUCUAUUGAGGCCACUGAAAGACCAAUUUAAUUCUCUUGGAGCCAGAAAUGAUCAUCAUCAUCAUCAUUUAUUGAAUUUAUAUAUACAACAUUCAGUGGCAAACAGUUCCACAGGAGAAUUGAUUAGUGUGUGAUGGAAUUCCCCGUGUCUUCUGAAACUGCUAUAGAUUGUGUUGGAUGCCCCACAUUCAAAUAUUACCAGAGUGUUAAUCAUUUAUCUCUGCAGUAUCUAUGAUUUGAGAAGCAUCCCCCCUCCAUUCAGUCUGGGAACCCCCCCCCCCCCAUUUAAGGGGGUCACAUCUACUUGGCCUUCCUCAUGGAAACCUGAUUAGCAAAUGGUUCUCUAAGUGAGAAUUCACCACAGACAUAUGGAAAUAGAACUUUUAUUAACAUACAAAGGUACAAAGCAGUGGGAUUCAGCCCCAACGCAAACCUGAACUGGAAGGGAGCCCCAGAGCCCAUUCUAAUGGCAGAAUAAAUGUGUGAGGGGAAAAGAUUACUCCCCCUCCCAACACAACCUUCCCCACACACCCCCAACCCCCAUCCCAGCCUGUGGUUCAGCUGUACAGCUUCCAAAUCAUGACUUGUUGUGGGGAGCGGGGGCUUCCAGAGGCAGAACUGAUUCCCAGCACUCCACUUUUGAGAAACUAUCCACUGCUCUUCCCCCCAAACACUUCUGGAUCCUGGAUGGUGGGACCCAUUCCCACAUCUCUGCAAUUUGGAUUCUGGAUUAAGAGUACAGGCUCUGCACAGUGAAGGGUGCCUUUGGCUGAGGAACUCCAUUCAUGGGGAAGGAAAUCUCCAAUAGGUGCAGGUUCUCUCCUUCUGGGGAAAUAUCUGAGGCCCAUGGUCAGCUCAAUGACAUUACAACCAGAUGCUAGGACCCCAGCCAAAGUUAGAAAGAAAGCAACCAGCAAGUGCCUCUGGAGAAAUAUUCCAAAGUACCUGCAUAUGGCAGCCACAUUAAGAAGCAUUGAACAAUCUUUGCAUAGUCAUCUGUCCAAUUUGCAUAGUCUUUGCAUAGUCAUCUGUCCAAUCCAAUGGCAGUAUUUUAAGUUUGAAGAGAAAGAAGAGAAUAAGCCCCAAGUUUCUUCUGUGUAUCUCUAGCAGAAUCCUCCUUUUCUCCCCGCUAUUUUUUUAGCAGCUAUGAAGCACAAAAGAUUACAUGUUCAGUGAUGGCCUUCAUUAGAAGUGAGCAUUCAGUGCUGCAUACAGAGAUUUCUCCCACACGUAUAUAUAACACAUAUAUAAUGAUUUUAGGGACCAGCCCAUUGUCUGUCACCAGAGCAGACAGCAGCCAAAUGGUUCAUUUGAACAGCAACAUUGGGCUUUCUUUCAACUCCUCCACCCUAAACAAGGUGGCUAUUCAGAGGGUUAGCUAACAUGAGCAAAGAAGACCAAAGCUCAUUUAUCAGUAAUUUGACAGCCCAGCAUGUGAACAUAUUUUGUUUAAAAAAUAAUGCAGAACCCAGAAUACCAUAGUUACUUUCUUGCCCUUUUCUCAGAAGCAAAGGGAAAGUAUUUUGUAUUGAAGAGUUAUGUCAAAUAUAAUGCAGUUUCUGGAAGUUCUACAUUGUUAUUAAAUAAAAAAAGGCAUUCCUGAUACCUACAAAUAUAGCAGGACAGUGUGGUACAAUGACUGAUCCAAUAGGAUAUAUUUCUGCGAACUACAUAUCACCCCUUUAUUCCAUUUGCUCUAGUUUAUGUAAAUGGCAAAAGGAUGAUAACUAGAAGCACAGAAUUCAGCAAUCAAAAUAAAUAUUUUCCAGUUACCUGGGGUGGGGGGGAAGAGAUUACAGAUAGUCAUACUUCCCCUAAUUUUCACUAAAGGAUGCCCAGCUGAAUUGACUUUUUCGAUGUGGCAACACUAAAUUGAAUGACAAAUCUUUCUGUUCUUUCUCAGAAUCUACAAGUUGGUAUCCGAGUAUAUUUAAGGCACCCUUGCAAACCUCUUGCACUUGCUUGACCUUCUGAAACGAAAGAACAGUCCUCCAUGCCUGGGAGACAUUGACUGCAUCUCGGGAAGUGAUUUGGAAGGCCUCCCUCUUCCUACUUGGCCCUUGUCCAUGGGUGAUAUUAUAGAUCCAGUUUUCAAGUUUGCUGGUCAGCUGAAGACCUGAAAAUUUAUACAUUGCUGUAAUUUCCACUAAAGGAUCUCGUACAAGAUCUUCAAACCGGAUCAUCAAGUAACGAUCUUUCAGAAAACUUGGAGGUUUCAGGGUUGCUGUUUCAUAAAUCUGAACGUGGCUUCUACAGAUCUCCUGCAGGACUUUGUACUGGCCAUCUUCCACUUUUGUGCCAUUCAUGCUCAAGACAAUCCCAUUGUCACGGGCAAGAGCUUUUGCUGAUUGCUCCCGGGAUUUCACAACAGCUCUGGGGUCACGGACGAGGUGGAUGACUUUGAGGUUCAGGGAGGGGUCAGUGAGGAGAGGAUAAAGCACCUUGAGGUCAAAGAUCCGGACUUCCUUCAGGACAACGUGGCUAUAGCUCUUGCAGGCCUCUUCCACUUUGCUGAAGGGGGACUUCCCACAGACAGCCUUGCAGGCACUUUCGCUGGUGAUAUCAGUGCGGUGGAAAAAUUCACAAACAGGAUCUGUGCACAGGGCACGACUCACUGCCCACUGGAAAAGAUCUGACACAUUUCUCUUCCAUGGCAGGUAGGCAUCGAAGACUGACAUGUCACACUUGAAGACUGACCGGAUGAGGUCCCGCACUGCCAUGUGCAAGACCUUGGCGCUGUUUUGGUACAUGGUUACCCACACGUGCCAGGCUGGCUCCAUCAAGUAGAAGACAUCAGGGUGUUGGCUGAAGAGCUGCCCGACAAAGGAAGACCCUGACCUCCAGGAGGAGAGGAUGAGAAUGUGCACCUGGGGUGGUUUCUCUUCAGACUGAGACAUAAAGCCACCAUGCUGAACACACAAAAACAGUAGAAAUCCUGUCUGAAUCACAAGGAAGAUUGCAACUGUAGUGCUGGAUAUUCGGAUCCUCACCAUUCUGGCUGAAGCAGAGCACAACUGGAGGAAAAAGAGAGGGGGAGCUGUUCAGUUUUCAGUAGGAUGACGAUGACACACAAGGACCUUGCAUGCAAACAAGUAACAGCCUGGGUUGCCAUACAUAUUGUAUUGAUAAUGCCCGGAAACGACUAACCAGUUCAGAUAUGCAUGUCAGUGAGAGCCAUGAAAAACAGCAGGCUGGAGGAUGAGACAAUAGUGAUGCUCAGAGAGUACAAAAGAGUUUGGAACAAACACACUGCUGUUCAGGUGGGGGGGAAACAGGGCAAUGGAGGCAGUCUUUAUUCCACAUUGAUUGUAUUCUGCUGUGUGUGGA